UCGCCUAAUCGAUAGAAGGACGGGCUCUCCUCUCCUCUUCCACUAGCCCAAAUCUGUUGAGCCCAAUUUGACAAAGCCCAAUCCAAUAGCCCUCCAGUUCCAUUUGAAAGGUCAUUUCUAGGGAUUAGGGUUUUUCCCUCUCUCGCGGCUGCGUCUUAUCUGAAGCUUUGAGUUUCUCUACACUCAGCAAACCAAACAUGGGGAAGACACGUGGUAUGGGAGCUGGACGCAAGCUGAAGUCCCACCGUAGAAGACAGAGGUGGGCUGACAAGUCCUACAAAAAGUCCCAUCUUGGAAAUGAAUGGAAGAAGCCAUUUGCUGGAUCAUCCCAUGCCAAAGGCAUUGUGCUUGAGAAGAUAGGUAUUGAAGCUAAGCAGCCCAACUCUGCUAUUCGUAAAUGUGCUAGGGUUCAAUUGAUCAAAAAUGGGAAGAAGAUUGCUGCAUUCGUUCCCAACGAUGGUUGUUUGAACUACAUUGAAGAAAACGAUGAGGUGUUGAUUGCUGGAUUUGGUCGAAAGGGUCAUGCUGUAGGAGAUAUUCCUGGUGUUAGGUUCAAAGUUGUCAAGGUUUCUGGGGUAUCUCUCUUGGCUCUAUUCAAGGAGAAGAAGGAGAAACCAAGAUCUUAAAUUUUUGCCAUGGUCUUUUUAGUGUUCUUGAGUUUGUACUUUUUGAGCUAUUAUUUUUGAUGUAGGCACAUUACACUGAAAUUUUGGAUCAUUUAUGUUGA